AUGGAUCCAACAGACUUACAACCGCUGCUUGAGCAGCUGGAUGAUGAUGUUGAUGAACUGGAAGAAGUAUUGAAGCCUAUUUUGGCGAGUACACUCCUCAAAAGCUCUAGCAAAUUGCCCGUCAUGGACAAAGCAAAACUUCACGUGCUCAUCACCUACACGCUGGAGUCACUAAUAUUCUCCUACUUGAAGCUCCAUGGCGUGGAUGCGAAGUCGCACCCCGUGUUCCGGGAACUGACCCGCGUGAAGCAGUACUUUGAAAAGAUCAAGGCACUGGAGACCGAGCCCGAAGAACGCGCCAUGACACUUGACAAGGAAGCUGCUGGAAGAUUCAUCAAACAUGGUCUGGCUGGCAAUGAUAAGUACGACCUGGAACGAGCAGAAAAGCAGGCCAAAGAACGAGCUCGCGCUCAGCUGAAAGCCGCAAUGCUUGCUCGAAAGAGUGCUGAGAACCCUUCGAGUGCUGUCACUUCAGAAGCACAAGAGAACGACUCCGAAGACGACGACUCUGAGGGUGGAGUGCAAGUUGCGCCAGCAGUGAAGCCCCGCACUUCUGAGAAGAAGAAAAGCAAGAAGAAGUCGAAGGGAGAAUAUAAAACAAAGGAGACGAAAGACAGUAAAGAGAAGAAGCUCGACAAAGCUGCGUUGAAACAAAAAAAGAAGGAGCGCCGGCAAAAGAAGGAAGAAAUUCGAAUGGGCCGAAAAGCCCAGUGA